AUGUCUACAACGUUGUCCAACGAUCCGCUCUCAAGAAUGACCAUGGGGGGAGACUCCUCUUCAGCCAAAGCCUGCAAGAUCUCGAUGUUAUGGAACUGGUAUACAAUUGACACCUGUUUCAUUGCUAAAUCGUGGAAAAACGACACAAGAGGCAAGUUCGCCGGCUCUUGCAUCGGCUGUUUCUUGCUGGUUCUUAUCGCGCAAUGGUUGAAUAGAGUUUCCAGACAAUUUGACAUUGAAUUGGCCAAGAGACGCAAGUUCAAAAUGUUGUCGAAAUAUAAUAGCUCCGCCACUAAUGACGAGGCUUCGGGAUCGUCUCUGAGCGAUUCCGCUGCACACGCCUUGGAGUUGCUGGUGUCUGAGCCCAAUUGGAAAACCACUUUAAAGGCUCUUGGCGCCACUAUGUCUCAUACCUGGUACGUUUCCCAUAAAGUGAGCGACGAAUUUGCCGAAUUGGAACCGCUCAUGCGCUGUUGUUCUACUUCAAUGAACGUCUAUCCCACUGUUUUGGACCAUGUUUUGCGGUCAGGCGUCUUCACUCUCCAAUGGGGGCUUUCUUACAUUAUCAUGCUGCUAUUCAUGUACUACAAUGGUUACAUCAUUAUCAGUUGUUUACUGGGUGCCUUGUUCGGUAGGUUGUUUUUCAACUUCGAACCUUUAACUACUUGCGGUGGUGCUAGCAGCAUGAACCCUGUUGCUCAUGACAAGGAGGAAAAUGAUAGAAAAUGCUGCAUGUAA